AUGGACAACAAUGUCCAUGAUCUCAAGAACAAGAAGUCGCCAUUGCCAUUGCAAAUGCCAUCACCAUCACCAUCACCAUUGGGACAAUCUCCUCUGCCAUCGCCAUCACGAUUAGGACAAUCUCCUCUGCCAUCACCAUCACCAUUAGGACAAACUCCUGUGCCGGCCACCACGAAAUCUUCUAGUGGAAAGUUUGAGUGUCUAUGCUCACCAACCACACAUGCCGGCUCCUUUAGGUGUAGGCACCACCGUGCCAAGGAGGCAGAGAUGCGUCGCGCAAUGUCUGUUGAUAGCAACCUCUCUGCUUUAGGAUCCAAAAAGAUCACCAACCCAAUAGUCUAA